AUGAAUUAUAACCUGUCUGAAGUGAAAAGGCUCCUCACACACGCUCAGAUCAGACGUUUAACCUCAGCUGCUCUCGUCCUGCAGCAGAAACUCUCUUCUGAUGAAGACUUUGGUUUGCCAAGGAAACGGGCCAAGCUUUCUCCACAUGAUCAGCAGGAGGAGCCUGCACCCUGUGAGAAAGGGACGAAGCUAACACAGAGUCGAGGAGCAGGCGGCCUCUGCUCCUCCACCCUGGAGAAGCUGAAAGGCUUCACCUGGGUGACUGAGCCCAGUGACACUCAGAGGGAGGAAAAGAAGACUGACAGUGCUGGCAGUAAAAUCUGUGAUCAAGGAAGCAGCGUCAGGCCUCAUGUGGACGUGCAGCAUCCGCACAGCAGUAAACACACACUUCUAAACACGGAGGAGGAGCGUGAGGACGGAGCGGAGGAUGAAGAGGGGGAUGAAGAGGAUAGACGGGAGGGGAGCUCAGGGCUGGCUGCAGCAAAACAGGGUGCCCUCCUCUCUCAGUUUACAAAUCCAGGAAGAGGAGGAAGAGGAGGAGGAAGAGGAGGAAGAGAAGGAAAGGGUGCAGACCUAAGUCCGCCGUCACACUCUAGCGCCCCCUCCAGGUGCUCAAAAAGCGCCUACACUCCGCUGGAGCAGCAGGUCACGGAGCUGAAGGAGCAACAUAAGGACGCCUUGUUGGCUGUGGAGUGUGGUUACAAGUACAGGUUCUUUGGAGAGGACGCAGAGAUUGCUGCAAAGGAGCUGAACAUCUUCUGUCAUCUGGAUCAUAACUUCAUGACGUGCAGCAUCCCCACACACCGACUCUUCGUCCAUGUCCGACGGUUGGUUUCCCACGGACACAAGGUGGGAGUGGUUAAGCAGACGGAGACGUCUGCCAUGAAGGCCUUGGGAGCCAAUAAGAACGCUCUGUUCACUCGUCAGCUCACUGCUCUGUACACAAAGUCCACUCUGGUGGGAGAGGAUGUGAACCCGCUCUGCAGACGGGGGGAGGUGGAGGAGGGGGCCUGUGAGGACGGGCUGCUGGACCCCCCCGACAGCUUCCUCCUGUGCAUCAGUGAGAACUGGGACAAACUGAAGAAGCAGCUCACUGUCGGGCUGGUGGCAGUUCAGCCCGGCACAGGAGACGUGUUACUGGACUGUUUCCCUGACGGUCAGUCUCGCUCCGAGCUGGAGGCUCGAAUCUUAAAGAUCAACCCUGUGGAGAUCCUUGUGCCCUCUGACCUCUCCGAACAAACACACAGACUCCUACACAGCAUCACCAAUGCCAGUGCCCAGGCUGAUGACCGAGUGAGAGUCGAGAAGAGAGACCGCGCUCAGUUCGAGUUCCCGUCUGCGAUGAACACAGUCACAGACUUCUACUACCACACUGAGAACAAAGCCUCUAGGUGUCUGUCAAGUGUAGCAUCCAUGGAGCCUCCAGUGAUCUGCUGUCUGGGACCACUCAUACAGUAUCUCCAGGAAUUCAACUUAGAGAGAGUUUUUAGGAGUGAAAGCUCCUUCCAGCGUCUGUCAUGCCAGUCACAGGGAAUGACCCUCAGUGCCACCACCCUCAGGAACCUGGAAAUCCUCAGCAAUCAGACAGAUGGUGGUGUGAGGGGCAGCCUGUUGUGGGUGUUGGACCACACGUGCACCCGGUUUGGGAGGAGACUGAUGAGGAAGUGGGUGAGCCAGCCCCUCACAGACCCGCAAUCCAUCUCAGAGCGUCUGGAUGCCGUGCAGGAGAUGUUGGGGUCGGACUCUCUCCCCUUAACUUCCACCAGAUCCCUUCUGUCACACUUGCCCGACCUGGAGAGGGGCAUCUGCAGCAUUUACCACAAAAAGUCUUCCACGCAGGAGUUUUACGUCAUUACUAGCAGUCUCUGUCGCAUAGGGCUUGAACUCCAGGCUUUGGUCCCAGCUAUCGAGGCACAGAUCAGGUCCAAGCUGCUCCAAAGCCUCUUGUUGGACAUUCCCAACCUGCUGGCUCCAGCCCACAGCUUCCUCAAGGUGCUCAACAAGAGUGCAGCCCAGAUGGGGAAUAAGACAGAGCUGUUCUCAGACCUGUCCAGCUUCCCGGUGCUACAAGAAAGGAGGGAGCAGAUCCAGUCUGUACUCGAUGAGAUUCAAGACCACCGCAAAGAGAUCCGACUGACGCUGAAGGCCCCCGCACUCGACUACAUUACUGUCUCUGGACAGGAGUUUCUGAUUCAGGUGAAGAACUCGCUGGCAUCUACUGUUCCACGUGACUGGGUCAUAAUCAGCAGCACCAAGACAGUCAGCAGGUAUCACUCUCCUUUCCUGGUGGAGCACUACAAGAGGCUGCAGCAGCUCCGCGAGCAGCUGCUGCUGGACUGUCAGAGGGAGUGGAUCAAUUUUAUGGAUGAGUUUGGAGAGCACUAUAACACCAUGAAAAGGGCUAUUAGUCACCUAGCAACCAUGGACUGUCUCCUUUCAUUGGCUGAGGUUGCUAAACAAGGGGACUAUUGCAGACCAGUUGUGUGUGAAGAUCAGCGUCAGAUCAUGAUCAGGGAUGGCAGACACCCUGCUAUAGAUUUACUUAUGGGCGUGCAAAACCAGUAUGUGCCCAACCACACUGAACUACAGGGUGAUGGCAGGAGAACUAUGAUCAUCACUGGCCCUAACAUGGGGGGUAAGAGCUCCUACAUUCGUCAGGUGGCUAUGAUCUGCAUCAUGGCUCACAUGGGCUCGUAUGUGCCGGCCUCUGAGGCCCGUCUGGGUGUACUGGAUGGGAUUUACACCAGGAUGGGGGCCUCAGACAACAUCCUCAAAGGGCGCAGUACGUUUAUGGAAGAGCUGACCGAAGCCUCCGAGAUCAUUUCCCAGGCAACCGAACGUUCAUUGGUCAUCCUUGAUGAGCUGGGACGGGGUACGAGCACCCAUGAUGGGAUCGCCAUCGCCUAUGCCACCCUGGAGUACUUCAUCAGAGAUGUCAAAGCCCAAACCCUGUUUGUGACCCAUUACCCCCCUCUAUGUGAGCUGGAGCAGGCGUAUCCUCGACAUGUGGCUAACUACCAUAUGGCUUUCCUCCUCAAUGACCCCGAUAUUGCUACUGACACUGAUGACGAUGAGGUUCAGCCAGAGUUCAUCACCUUCCUCUACCAGCUAACUGAAGGUGCUGCAGGGCGCAGCUACGGCCUGAAUGUCGCCCGUCUGGCCGACAUUCCAGAUUCUAUACUACACACUGCUGCUCGUAAAGCCAGGGAGAUGGAGAACGUGGUUAACGCCAGGAGGAGCAAAGUGAAACUUCUGUUGGAUCUUUGGAGCAUCGCAGACAAAUCCUCCCUCCUGGAGUGGCAGCGGUCAAACUGACAAAGCUGCAGCAGACGUCAACACAUGAAGAGGAGAGAACUUGGCUGUCUGUGAAUCAACAUGAUGAAAGAUGAUUACACAUGAUGAUUACAAAGCCUGUUUCACAGAAGGCUUGGUGCUGAAGGAGAAAAGCAGUUGUAUGAUAAGGAUUUUUAUCUAUCUCAGGUUCUCACCAUCAUCUGUACUGUAACUGAAUUGUCUAAACAGGCUGAUGUAGAUUUUUACCAACCAGACGAUAUGUGACUUCAUGUGUUUGGUGGUUGAGUAAAGAAAACUUAAAUCUUU